UUCCAUCUUUAGAAUAAGCACAUUUCAUAAAUUGUAUAUUCGAUUUUGAUAUAAGUAAAAUGUACGAAUUGAAAACUUUAUUGCCACAAUUCGACAUUAAGCUGCCCACCUGCAUGUACAACCUUAAGAACGUUAGUCUAUCGGCUGAACCUACCACUUCCACAUCAUCAGUCAGCUGCGCUUCAUUCCGGCUUUUCCAGAGCGCAUCGGAGUUCAGCAGCAGCAUAAAUUCAAGAAAAUCCAUCCCAUGUGCUCUGGAUUUGGACUUUUUAGGCCGACAAAUACAACAUAUUCUAAAGGAUGAUACGGUAUCGGUAGCAAUUCGUCAAGACAAAAUUAUCCAGCAACUGCAAGGGCUUAAGACGCAACUGGGUAAAAUUCGUGCGGGUCUGGGCAUUUGCGGCAAGACGGUGCAGCAUACAACUGCCUUUCAAAAUGGAAGAUUAAAAGAGGUCCCACUUCAAGAUAUUGUAAUCAAUGGACAUCCCAACUUCAUACCCUACGCUCUGUUAGCAUUAAAGAAUGUCUGGAGGGAUCUGUACACGGUGAAUGUAAAGACCUUCACACAUUCGACAAUGGCGGAUAUUGGACCGGCUGCUCGCGAAUUUGAGGCAGAGAUGGACAAGAUACCAGUGAACAAUGCUCUGCCCAAUAUCAAUGUUACUCUCAUUUGGAAAAACUGUGAGCACACGGAGAUGAUCAGCUCACCAACCAUGUAUUUGCCCAUUUAUGGCGAAGUGAAUGUCAUUCGGUAUUUGGGCCGCGUGGGACCCGCCGAAUAUCGUUAUGAGGGCUCCCCGCUUUGCAAUGAGAUUGAUCUCGUUCUCGACAUUUGCUAUCAGCUGUUGCGCUGCAGCACCCACAAAGCUCAAGUAGCAAUGGUAAGGCUACUGGACAAGCGUCUGAAACAGCAAUAUUUCGGUGGAUCCCAGAUGUCUGUAGCCGAUAUCGGCGUUCAUAGCUCGUUAAUACGUAUACCUACCAUUACCGACAAGGACCUGACGCCGGCGCUUCUGGCGUGGAGAAAACGGGCUAAACUAGUUACACAAAUAUAAAUUGCCAAAUCAACAGAGCGAAUAAAUAAACAGCCUUGCUUCUUGUA